AGAGAAGAGGGCCUGGAAUUGUCAAACCAGACAGCCCAUAAAAGUAAAAAAAACGAGAAAAGCUCUGAGUCCAAAAUCAUGAAUUCUUUCCUCUUGGACCUCUCCUCUGUUUUAGGGCUUACAGAGAACUGAAAUUGCCAUUUUUUUGGGUUGUUUCCCUUCAAUCGUAUCUCUUGCUUCGUGAUUUUACCCUUUCAAACGGUGGAAACACCGAUCUUCCUUACUGGGUUUGUCUCAGAUCGGUGGCAAAGGAUAUAAGUUACUUCAUUACUUGCAAUAUGUCUAAAGCUCAUGAUCCAUUUUACAUCGUCAAAGAAGAGAUUCAAGAAUCUAUUGAUAAACUGCAAUCAAGUUUUCACCAAUGGGAAAGGAUUCCUCCUGACAGUGGUGACCAAGUACAUCUCACAAAAGAGCUACUUGCUAAUUGUGAGAGCAUCGAAUGGCAGGAAGGUAGAUGAAUUGGACAAAGCAAUUUCGGUGGCAGCUAGAGAUCCUUCUUGGUAUGGCAUUGAUGAAGCAGAACUUGAAAAGCGGAGGAGAUGGACCAGCACUGCUCGUACUCAGGUGGGCAAUGUGAAGAAAGCUGUUGUAUCUGGAAAAGAGAAUGGUAACACCCCAAGUGCAAUGCGCCGAGAAUUAAUGAGACUGCCAAAUUCUCAUCAGCCAGAUAGAUCCAACCAGUAUAGUGCAGAAUACAAUGAUGACUUUAUAGCAUCGGAAUCAGAUAGACAAAUGCUUCUUAUAAAGCAGCAGGAUGAGGAGUUGGAUGAGCUCAGUGCGAGUGUUGAGAGAAUAGGAGGUGUUGGGCUUACCAUACAUGAAGAACUUCUUGCACAGGAGAAGAUAAUAGAAGAGUUGGGUACAGAAAUGGACAGCACAACAAAUCGGCUGGAUUUUGUUCAGAAAAAAGUGGCUAUGGUUAUGAAGAAGGCCAGUGCUAAGGGCCAGAUUAUGAUGAUAUUAUUUUUGCUAGUUUUGUUCAUUAUUCUAUUCAUUCUGGUCUUCUUCACUUAGACUGGAGAGAAGGCCUAUUCUUAUGAUGUUCAUACACGAGAGAGGGAUCUGAUAUUUGGAAAUAACCCUGGGACUUGUGGAAUACAGAGGAAUUGGUUGGUGUAAUCUCUAGUGUUGAAAAACUAGGAUCUGACAAAUGCUGAAGAAAGAAAAUUGUGUUCUUCUGGGUUUUCAAAAAUUUGUUGUAAGAGAGGCGUAUGUCAUUCUUACUGUUUAAUUCUCCUUUGCAAUGUGGUGUUUCUUCUUUAAUCGUCUAUGGCUAGAUCUUAAAGGCUUGCAAUAUAUAGUAUGCAUUGAGUUUUUUUUUACUGGCAUCUGUUGCACAAUGAGCUUACAAUGCUUCGCAGUCCGAUAAUUUUUUCGGCUGUAAGUUCUUAUCAACACUUCCAUGCGGAAUGAUAUAAUUGAAGCAUGGUUGGUUUUGCAAUAUUUGAGAAAUUCUUCUUGUUAAAAUGUUGUGGUUGCAUUUUCCAUGACUCUCGGAUGUACCAUAAUGGUUCUUU